AUGACAGCCCAAUACCGCAUAGCCUUCAAUCCCGAAUCUGCUCGCCGUCGAAAUGGCUGACCUUCGCCUCGAGCCGAUCCCGUUCACGGCAGCGCCGUGCACCGAGAUCCCAUACCCACUCGUGGUCGACUACCUCGCGACGCUGCUACGACCGUCGUCGCCUACGCACCCCGUGGAGUCAUUCGAGUUUAGAUCCAGCAAUGCCUCAAGCCACGCAACGGACGUUGAGGGUGAUGAUGGGCCAGUCGCCCGCCGGCGGAUCUGCCGGCACCCGGGCUGCGCCAGCCACGUCCGGUCCAAGGGCUACUGCAAGCGCCAUGGCGGCGGGCGGCUCUGCAGUGUGCUGUCGUGCGACAAGGAGGCACAGAACGGCCAGUUCUGCAUCGGCCACGGUGGCGGCAAGAGCUGUCAAGCCAUUGGCUGCUCGAACGCGGCGCAGUCCCAGGGCCUUUGCAAAGCCCACGGUGGCGGCUCGCGCUGCAAGCACCUUGGCUGCGACCGCAGCAGCCAAGGCGGCGGUCUCUGCCGCACCCACGGCGGUGGCAAGCGUUGUGACGAAGACGGGUGCACCAAAGGCGCCCAGCGAGGCAACAAGUGCGCCAAGCACGGCGGCUGUCGAACCUGCUCGGUUCUCGACUGCCCACGCACCGACCGCGGCGGUGGCCUCUGUGACGUCCACCGGCGCAGCAAGACAUGCCGGAUUCCCGAGUGCAAGCGCCUUGGGAAGACCAUGGGCAUGUGCACAGCACACAUGCGCGAGCACCGCGACCGAACGUUUAAAGUCGAGUCGUGAUGCACGCCGAGUACUAGUAUUUAAGUAUCAUAACCUAAGCCACAUUCUUUGCAAGAUUCUUUUGG